CGCAAGGCCUUCUUCCGUUAUGCAUCAGUCUUUCCGUUUCGAACAUGGACUGGUUGGACACCAAACGCGCACACUAUUCGGCGUGUGUAUGGAGGCAUCGAAAUAAUCUCUGGUGUUGUCAUGGUCUCCAGUCAAGGCCUGUUGUGUGAUCUGAGCAACUGUUCCCUCUUUGGGCUCAUCUUAUACAGCUUAUACAACUGUUGGGCGCUCAAUGAGGGUAUGAAGGAGGCUUCUCAUGCGAUUGUCCUGGGCCUUGUUCUCGCUUGUCGAUUUGUGAUUCGGCUCCAUGCUCAACAGAAGCCCGUGGAAAGCGUCAAUGAUGAUGAGGCUGUCAGAAAAGCUCUUAGAAUGGAACUUAAGAGGAGAAUGGAGGCUUAUGAGGUUGACGGGAGGGUUGAAUAUGAUCCAAUGCUUAAUAGUUGA